CUGCAGUCCGAGCGCGAGCGAUGCGGAUGAGCUGCAGAAGCAGAAACCUGCUCUCUCAUCCCGGAGAGACAGCACCGUAAGAGCAAUGGCCGCGGCAGGAGACACGAACUGUUAGAAGACUGUUUGAUUCGGAUCUCACCCCCUCCACACUGCGCAUGGUUGGCGUCUCUCGCAGCUGGGUCAAAAGGAAAGGGGAACAAAGAAGCCGAGCUGCAGGAGGUUGGACACUGCGCCGAGGACGACGCGCCUGCUCCCACCGACUGUGACCCGGACAUCAGGAGGGAGGUAGCCCGCUAGCUAACGUUACCGCCACAGUACCAGGCUGAAUGGCGGAGCCGGAGCUUCUGCUGGACUCCAACAUCCGACUGUGGGUGGUGUUGCCCAUCGUCUUCAUCACCUUCCUGGUGGGGGUGAUCCGGCACUACGUGUCCAUCCUGCUCCAGAGCGACAAGAAGCUGACGUUGGAGCAGGUGUCCGACAGUCAGGUUCUUAUCCGGAGCAGAAUCCUGAGGGAAAAUGGAAAAUACAUUCCCAAACAGUCCUUUUUGAUGAGGAAGUUUUACUUCAAUAAUCAAGAAGAUGGAUUUUUCAAGAAGACCAAAAGAAAGGUUGUUCCACCCUCUCCAAUGACAGAUCCCAGCAUGCUGACGGAUAUGAUGAAAGGCAAUGUCACCAACGUGCUUCCCAUGAUCCUCAUUGGCGGAUGGAUCAACUGGACCUUUUCAGGAUUUGUAACAACUAAGGUUCCCUUCCCUCUCACUCUGCGCUUCAAGCCCAUGCUGCAGCAAGGAAUAGAGCUGCUCUCACUGGACGCUUCCUGGGUGAGCUCAGCAUCAUGGUAUUUCCUGAACGUGUUUGGACUACGAAGCAUGUACUCAUUAAUUCUAGGCCAAGAUAAUGGUGCAGAUCAGUCGAGGAUUAUGCAGGAACAGAUGAGUGGUGCCGCCAUGGCAAUGCCUGCAGAUACAAAUAAAGCCUUUAAGGCUGAAUGGGAGGCACUGGAGCUGACUGACCAUCAUUGGGCACUGGAGAGUGUAGAGGAGGAUCUGAUGAGCAGGGAGCUGGACUUUGAUGGCAUGUUUAGCAAGGAGCUGCCAAGCGGCAUCUUCUGAUAGCCUGGUCACUUCUACUUGGAGCCUUCGAUUUGAAUUUCAAUCCUUGCUGGAAUUUUUUGGGGGUUAAAGACAAAGAGAUGGGACAAAUCCCUUCAUGUUAUGCAACGUUUACAUCCACUUUUGUGUGGUCCUUGUCUUUUCACUUGUAUUACCUUUUCAUUCCUGAACAUGAAAUAUCUGAAAUUACUUAAAAUACACUGGUUCUGCUGCCAUGUCAUGCAUACUGAACGCAUUGCUUUUUUGUAUACCUUUUGAAAUAAGGAGGUGUUUGGGAGAAAUUAAGUUUCAUUUGCUUAUUAAAAUGCAAUAUUUUUAGUUUUCAACUGUAUGCCAUCAUAAUACCAUUAGGUAAUAGAAUGUAAACAACCUAGUGCAUUUGAUUUUUCUCGUCAUGCACAGCUAGAUUAGCUGUCUCGAUUUUCACAUGAAUGGUCAUGUUUAGACAUGAGGAUACAAUACCAUUUAAAAAUUAAAAUCUUAAAAAUUCCUGUAUAGAAAUGCAUAGAUGCAGCUGUUCUGGAUCAGCUCCCCUGGCCAUGGAAGUAGACCCAGAAUUGAUUAGUUGUCGUCGGGAGAGGGUAUGUUUGUGUGUGUGUGAUAAAAAUCUUGUUUUUAAAGUAUGUAGACGGUUUAUUUCGAAAAGUAAACUCCCUGUGUUUUGUAAAGUAUAAAAUCUGUUUUGACUGAA